AAAAAAUCAAAAAGAAAAUUAUUGUAGACUCUAGAUUUCGAUUCAGAAUACCAACUUUAAGUCUCAAAAAUGAAGUUCUUAUACAAAUUCAAGGAAGCAAUUAUUUUUUGCAAAAGGAAAUUGAAGGAGGGACUAGUCAGAUUCAAAAGGGUACUUCCAUCUAUAUUCAAAAAAGGAUGGCAAACUAUCAUAAAAAGUGUUUCAGGUAAGAAAAAUGAAGUCAUGGCCAAAGGAAAAAAAGAAGAUAUUGUCAAAGAAAGUGUGAGCAAAAAGACUAAUGGUGCCACCAUGAUGAACAAGAUUAAUGAAUACCUCAAAUGUGUGAGAGAUUUGUCAAAUGAGGCACAAAAAUUAUCACAAUCAUUGUUUGAUGGUGUUAGAGGAAGGAUUAGAUUACUAGUGAAGUUUACAGUAGAUGUGGUGUUGGCUUCUAUUGAUGCACUAGAUAGGGGUUUUGAAAAAGCAGAAUCUGCUGGAAAACAAGUCCUUUUUGCUAUCUCCCAAGCUGCAACCAAAAUGGUUUCUAAAUGGUUAGGGGAAGAAGUAGGAGAAGCUAUUGAGCAUGUGUUUGCAACUACAGGACACACUCUUAGCAUCGCUUGGAAUUUCUUCAAGAUAUGGAAGAUCAUCAAUCCACCUAUGAAAAGUAGAAUCUAAAUAGACCAUAACUUGCUAUAAAGACAUUUUGAUUUGUUUAGGAAAGGUUUGUGAUAGUUUAUGUACUUGUCUCUAAUUUUGUUGUACUUAAGCAUCAUAGUUUGGGUUGGUUGGAACACCUAAUGAGGAGGUUUAGGGUUCUUCACUAACAUUUGUCUCGAAAAAAUUAUGCAAGUUUUUUUCGACUUAAUUAAUGAAUAUAAAUUUGAAAUCCUCUUUCAAAUCGGUUCA